AUGAUACGUUUCAUUCAAAUGACAAAAAAGUAUCUAAAACUCAACAACUUGAUAGCAGUUCCCUUCGACAAGGGCAUCGGCAUUUGUGUUAUGAAAGUUGAAAGUUAUAACAACAAAAUGAACGACAUCAUUGGUUUACCCCAAUUUAAUAAACUUACAUCUAAAAGGAAAAAUGAGAAGAACCCUGUGUUCAAAGAAGAAGAAAGAAUUACAUCUGUCCUGAAAGAGUUAAAAGUGAAGGGAAAAAUCAGUGAACAGCUUUAUGAUAAACUAAAGCCAAUAGGAAGUCAACCACCUAGAAUCUACGGACUUGCUAAAGUACACAAAAAUAACACACCAAUGAGACCAGUUUUAUCGAUGCCAGGUUCUCCAUAUUACAAACUAGCAAACCAGGUAGCAAAGUGGCUGUCAGUAGUAGAUGAAUGCAACAUCAAUUCUUCCACGAAACAAAUAUCCGAUCUAAUUACACAUCUCCAACUUGCAGAAAAUGAGGAACUUGUGAGUUUUGACGUCACAUCCCUAUAUACAAAUGUACCACUGAACGAAGCAAUUGAUGAUUGUACCAGUCUUUUAUAUUCUGGAAAAUACGAAAAACCUCCAGUAGAUCGAGAAACUUUUCAUAAAUUAACCUUACUAUGUAGUAGCAAUGUAGUUAUGUCGACUCAUGAUGGAUAUUACCAACAAGUCGAUGGAUUGGCAAUGGGGAGCCCACCAGCUCCAAUGCUUGCUAAUGGUUGGCUCAGUAAAUUUGACGAUAUUAUCAAGGGAGAUGCAGAUUUAUUCGCGAGAUAUAUGGACGAUAUUAUCAGAAAUAUCAACAAAGAUAAGAUCCAGGAAAAGUUGAAUGAGAUUAAUAAUAUUCACCCAUCACUAAAGUUUACUAUCGAGCGUGAAAACAAUGGAUAA